AAAUGUUAUUUAAGUCACCCUCUCCCUCUCUCUCUCUCUCUCUCAUGGAAGACACACUCAGAGGGGGGAAGAGAGAGAAGACAGAGCUUUGUUUUUGUUUUUUCCACUCUAUUUCUGGAGGGAAAAUACUGCUUCCUCUGCUCUGUUCCGAACUUGGAAACCAUAGAAACAGAGAAAGCAGAGACUACACUGCACAAUUGACUCAAAGCAAAAGACCCAUCACUGGAAACAAGUUUUAGAGAGAGAGAGAAGAGAUGUUUGCAGCAGAGAAUGGACUGAAGGGAGACCCAAGGCUUAAAGCCAUAUCUGAAGCCAUUAGAGUAGUCCCUCACUUCCCUAAACGAGGAAUAAUGUUUCAAGACAUAACGACUUUGUUAUUGAACCACAAGGCCUUCAAGGACACUGUUGAUAUUUUUGUUGAUAGAUACAGGGACAUGGACAUCUCUGUUGUUGCAGGAAUAGAAGCUAGAGGAUUCAUGUUUGGUCCGUCUAUCGCCUUAGCUAUUGGUGCAAAGUUUGUUCCAUUGCGUAAACCUAGAAAAUUGCCAGGGGAAGUAAUUUCAGAAGAUUACGUUCUCGAGUAUGGUACUGAUUGUCUAGAGAUGCAUGUUGGUGCUGUUAAGCCUGGUGAACGAGCCGUGGUAAUCGAUGAUAUAGUAGCUACAGGUGGAACUCUCUCUGCAGCAAUUCGACUUCUAGAACGCAUAGGGGCUGAGGUGGUUGAAUGCGCGUGUGUUGUUGGGUUGCCUGAGGUCGAGGGACAACACAGAUUGAAUGGAAAGCCACUUUAUAUUCUUGUGGAGCCACGACAAGUAGAACAUCGUUGUUAAGGCUGAAUUAUGUGUAGAAAAGUGGUGGUUGGGCCUAUUCUUUUCUUUCUUUUCUUUUCUUUUCUUUUUUGGGUUUUUAGGGGACAACUGAAUCUUUCAGACGCUGUCAGGUUCCAUGAACGGUUUUGAACAAAGCAUGAUUGGGAAAAAAAAGUAUGCUGUAAUGAGAUAUAUGAUAGUCAAUCAUGAAUCACAUAAUGAAUCUACUACUAUCCACAGUUUAGUUGACAUGACAUUUAUUUCACUUUAAGUAUAUAUUACAUAUUUAUCUUUUAUUAUUAUUA